AUGGCGCUGGAUGGACCCGGCAGUUAUAUUGCUCCCAACGGCCUAAUCGAGCCUGCAGACUCCCUGCCUAUUUUCGAUGUGCAGCGGGUGCAGCUCCAAUUCCCCAUUGCGGCCGACUUCGUGGCGGCGCAGGUCGCCAACAAUGUGCUAAUACUGGCUCUAUCGACUAACCGUAUUCUACGGAUUGAUCUCGACUCACCCGAAGAUAUUGAUGACAUCGACCUACCCAAAAAGUCCUCCGAGAUUGGCUUAAUCCGUCGCAUGUUCCUUGAUCCCUCGGCUUCCCAUUUGAUUAUCUGCACUACACUCGGCGAGAAUUACUACCUCCAUACCCAAUCGCGUCAACCCAAGGCCUUGUCCCGCUUAAAAGGCGUAUCCGUCGAAAGUAUUGCUUGGAACCCUUCGCUGCCAACUGCCUCAACACGCGAGAUUCUUCUGGGCACAACAGAUGGUAAUGUCUAUGAAACAUACAUCGAGCCGUCAACGGAGUUCUAUCGACGAGAAGAGAAAUAUGUUACUGCGGUAUACAAGGUGCCUGACGCCUCGCCCGUUAUCGGGAUCUGUGCGGAGACAGUUCCAUCGAGAUCCGCCGAUCAACGAAGGGUGAUUGUGGCAACUUAUGGAAAGUUGGUUCACUUCCUGGGUCGCGUUGGACCUGCGAAACAAGGAAGAGAAGGUGGUGGAUCUUUAUAUGCGGAUCUUUUCCAGCGUGAGACGCCCCUGAUCCAUGAGGUAGCACAUCCAACGGGUACGGCACCGUCGGCCUUGAUAACCUCAUCAUCUGCGACCGAUUCCGGCAGUGGGUAUCAAAUCGAUAACACUACUGAGAAGGCGUUUGCGUGGCUCAGCUCGCAAGGAAUUUACCAUGGCAAACUCUCCUCCGGCUCUCCAUUUGAGACCGCAAACAUGCUUCCCCGGUCGAAGUUCCCAGCCACCGAAUCUGCUCGGGGCGGACGAAAGAUGAUACAAGAUCCGAUCACCGCAAUGACAUUAUCCCAAUGGCACGUUUUGGCGCUCGUUGAAGGGCGAGUCGUUGCGGUCAACCGUUUAAGCGAAGAAACCGUGUACGAUCAAGCUGUGUUGGAGCCUAGACAAAGCGUCUUGGGUCUUUUAACAGAUCUAACUCAAAAUACCUACUGGCUCUUCACAAAUCAGGAAAUCUAUGAAGUCGUUGCCAACGACGAAGAUAGAGAUGUUUGGAAAGUUUUCCUUGCUGAACAGAAGUUUGAUGACGCUUUAGAAUAUGCCCGAAGCCCUGCACAGCGAGAUGCCGUUUUGACUGCUUCGGGUGACUCCUUGGCCAAGCAAGGCCGUUAUUUUGAAGCAGCGAAGGUAUGGGGCAAAAGUAGCAAGGGCUUUGAGGAGGUCUGUUUGACCUUGAUUGAUAACAAGGAGUACGAUGCUCUGCGGAAAUACCUCAUCUCGCAGUUGUCCACAUACAAGAAGUCGUCUGUUAUGCAAAGACUUAUGGUUGCAAGUUGGCUGAUAGAAAUUUUCAUGUCGAAGCUUAAUUCAUUGGAUGACAACAUCGCAACAAAAGCGGAGUUGACAGAGGGUGCCACUACUGGAGAUAUCAAGGAUGAGCUGGGUAGCGUCCGAGCAGAAUUUCAAGAAUUCGUCAACAAGCAUAAAGCGGACCUGGAUAAGAAGACGGUCUACGGAAUCAUCAGCAGCCACGGCCGGGAAGAAGAAUUGUUAUUCUUUGCUACUGUUGCCAAUGACUUCAACUAUGUCCUCUCCUACUGGAUUCAGCGAGAGAAAUGGACUGAAGCGCUCAAUGUUCUCCAAAGACAGAGCGAACCGGAUGUCUUUUACAAAUACAGUAGUGUGCUCAUGACACAUGCUGCUACAAGUCUAAUCGAGAUUUUGAUGCGGCAGACAAAUCUUGAUCCUGAGCGCCUUAUUCCUGCGCUGCUUAAUUACAACAAGACUACGAGUGUUUCAUUGAACAACAACCAGGCUGUCCGAUACUUGAACUUCAUCAUCGUCAACCACCCUCACCCUUCUGCAGCUGUCCACAACACUCUUAUCUCCAUUCACGCUUCAAGUCAGUCAGCCUCAGAAGCUGGACUUCUUACCUAUCUUCAGUCGCAGUCAUCCUCACCACCUCCGUAUGACGCGGAUUUUGCCCUUCGACUUUGUAUUCAACAUAAACGCGUCCAGUCAUGCAUCCACAUCUACAGUGCCAUGGGCCAAUACCUGCAAGCAGUCGAGCUUUCCCUGGAGCAUGACGAUAUCGAGUUGGCCGCAAUCGUUGCAGACCGACCGGAGGGCAAUGACAAGCUUCGUAAGAAACUCUGGCUCCUAGUUGCCGAGAAAAAGAUUCGUCAGCCAGGUACUGGUAUCAAAGAUGCGAUUGAAUUCUUGCGCCGCUGCGAACUCCUUCGCAUUGAAGAUCUCAUCCCUUUCUUCCCCGACUUCGUUGUUAUAGACGACUUCAAAGAUGAAAUAUGUAGCGCUUUGGAGGAGUACUCCCGUCUCAUUGAUAAUUUGCGUCAGGAAAUGGAUAAUUCAGCGCAUACUGCCCGCCAGAUCCGCAAUGAGAUUACUGGUCUGGAUACCCGUUAUGCUAUCGUUGAGCCCGGCGAGAAGUGUUGGAUCUGUUCCUUGCCUCUUCUCAGUCGCCAAUUUUUUGUCUUCCCUUGUCAACAUGCCUUCCAUAGUGACUGUCUGGGCAAAGAGGUCUUGGAGGGUGCAGGCGGCAAGAAGAAGUACAUCCGAGAUCUACAGACACAAUUGAGCAAAAGAGAUCUUUCUGCCUCCCGACGAGAAGAGAUCGUGAAGGAACUGGAUGGUCUUGUUGCUGAAGCUUGUAUCCUUUGCGGUGACCAUGCUAUCAAACAGAUCGACAAGCCAUUCAUUGCCGCUUCCGAGACAGAUGAGUGGGCUCUGUAG